AGAAAAUUUCCAAUUUUUCUUGGAAUAAGAAGAAGAGGUUGGCUUUGUUUACAAUACAUUGAUGUAUUGUGUAUUUAAUUAUUAGCUCAAAUAUCAGCAGAAAUGGUUUACUGCUCGGUGCCUGGUUGUGAAAAAAACAAUAAACAUCAAAGAAAACGGUUUAUGUUUAGCUUUCCGAAAAAGGAAGAUUUGUUACAAAAGUGGCUUGAAGCGAUACCAAAUUUGGGUCGGCCUAUUAAAAGUUCUUGGCGGGUUUGCCAGCAUCACUUUGAAAAGAAGGAUAUUUUACAGGAUUUUAGUCAUACAAUUGGCGGUGAAGUGUACGUUAUAGAAAGAGAGAGACCGCGACUGAAACCAAAUGCAGUACCCACUAAAAAUCUUCAUAGCGAGAAAUUUCCUCAAAAUGAGCAAAAUAUUAAAAUGAAAAAUACAUAUUUAAAAGUUGCAUCGAAUUCGACAGAUAUUGAUAUUGCAGAUGGAGGGGCUCAUAAAGAUCGAAAUCAUAUUAAUGAUAAAACUCAAAUUACUGAAAAUUGUAUUGAAAAACCGCAUAUAAUCAAAGUUAUUGAUACUGUACUACACAAUAAUAAAAAAGCUAAUUUGCCAACACAACCAGAGACUGCAAAAGAAAUACAUAAAAACGUAGAAUAUGUAAGAGAAUAUAAUGAGCAGAUAAACAGACCAAACUUUGAAAAUUUUGAAGCUGAAAAAAGCAAAUCAAACUCAAAUGGAACCGAUAAGGCAGGUGUUUUAGAAAGGAGUCCCUCUAAGGAAAGCUUAAAUGAAAAUAAAAUCGCUUAUCCUCCUCAAUGUUCUAAUACGCCCACACCAACAGAUCCAGAAUCAUUCGAAAAUCUCUUUGAUAACGUUUUUGAAAUAGUUUUGCCAACAACACUUUGGGGCGUGCAUCGUUCUACACAACAAAAUCGUAUUAUGUUCGUAAGCAUAGAGGAAGAGCUUUUAAAUAUAAACAAAAUGAUAACAGUAAAUGAUAAAGGUGAAUUGAAGAUAUAUUUGGCAGAACGAGUCAUACGAGAGGAGCAAUGGCCGUUAAGCAUUUUAACUACAGAGCAUAUAUCGAACAUGCUGGCAGAAUUGGAAUCAAUGCAAAUAUGUCCUGGUGCCCGUUUUUCUGAGUCCUGUGAAGUGUAUCUAGCAGAUAACGACCAUAACAACGAACAAAAGCCAGCCUUCUGCAAAAAAUGCUACUAAAACACAAUUCGCUCCUUAAUCAGGUAAUUUUAACGCAGCAAACUCACUGCUUAAUAUCUUCAUGACAUCUGCAUGUUUGAGAUCGGGGCGUUUGUGC